UGCCGGGCGGGUCGUAAGGCAGCAGCACACAAUUGUCAUCACGUGAGGUCACAAUGGUUUCUGAUGGUUUCGGCGACGAGUGAUUAGAACAGCGAAUGUUUUGAAUUUCCCGAAGGAAUUCAAGCAUCUGCAGUGUUCUUCGUGCGAGGGUGCAAUACGAGAUAUCUGAAAUACUAGGAUACUUGCUUAAAAGCAUUGUUAAAAAUGACGGAGUAUUGGUUGAUAUCUGCACCAGGAGAUGAAACAUGUCAGCAGACAUGGGAUACUAUGAACAAUUUAACAUCCAAACAACAUUCUUUGUCUGUCAACUACAAAUUUCAUAUCCCAGACUUAAAAGUUGGAACGUUGGAUCAACUAGUUGGUUUAUCAGACGAUUUGGGAAAGCUUGAUGCCUAUGUAGAACAAGUUACACGCAAGGUUGCAACAUACAUGGGAGAAGUCUUAGAAGAUCAGAGAGACAAGCUUCACGAGAAUCUAUUGGCCAACAAUAGUGAUCUUCCAUCAUAUAUAACUCGAUUCCAGUGGGAUAUGGCGAAGUAUCCUAUCAAACAAUCGCUGAGAAAUAUCGCCGAUAUUAUCAGUAAACAAGUGGGUCAAAUCGAUGCAGAUCUCAAAACUAAAUCUACAACAUAUAAUAAUUUAAAGGGCAGUUUACAAAAUCUUGAAAAGAAACAAACGGGAAGUUUAUUAACAAGAAAUUUGGCUGACUUAGUUAAAAAGGAACACUUCAUCUUAGACAGCGAAUACUUAACCACAUUACUCGUAAUUGUGCCAAGAACAAACUUUCAGGAUUGGUACAGUGGAUACGAGAAGUUAACAGCUAUGAUAGUACCACGUAGUACACAACUUAUUACUCAGGAUUCUGAGUACGGUUUAUUCACCGUCACCCUGUUCAAGAAAGUUAUGGAAGAAUUUAAAUUACAUGCCCGCGAGAAAAAGUUCAUUGUUCGUGAUUUCACGUACAAUGAAGAAGAAUUAGCAGCAGGUAACAGACAAAUCACAGAAUUAAUCGAAAUAUAUUGUAGACUGAAGGUCAAUUUUAGUGAAUGUUUUUGUGCAUGGAUUCAUGUUAAAGCAUUGCGUGUAUUUGUGGAAUCUGUUCUAAGGUACGGCCUACCUGUAAAUUUUCAAGCGAUUCUCUUGCAUCCGCAUAAAAAAUGUGCAAGACGAUUACGUGAUGUCCUCAAUCAGCUUUAUGCUCAUCUAGAUUCCUCUGCUACAGCUGGUGCUGCUCCACAAGGAAAUCAAGAUAGCGUGGAUAUACCUGGAUUAGGUUUUGGCCAAAAUGACUACUUCCCCUAUGUGUAUUAUAAAAUCAACGUAGACAUGGUCGACAGUAAGGUUUAAUCACCGAUGGUGAACCCAUUCUCCUACUAUAUUUUAAAUAUUUUCUUGUUUAUAUAACAUACUUCUAUAACUCCAGGUACUUAACCACAGGUGCGUACAAAAUGUACUGUCUUUGUUUUCUUUUGUUUGUAUGAAAUAUGGUUUACAUAUUUAGAACUUCGUGGCAAUCUUGAUUUUCAUUGUAAUCGUAACUGUCAUCGGUUCACUUGCAGGAGUAGAUCAAAUAUUUAUCGAAAAGAAAUGAUAUUUUUAUAGUACACCGAAAUGCCUGGAGAGAGAUGUAUGAACUAUGAUAUUAACUGAAUGUAAACUAUGCAUAAUAGAUUGUGCAAUCACUUGUAUGAGUUCCAACAAAAAUAUCUGAAUCUAUAUUAAGAACAUCCUUUUCUGUUCAAAUGGAUUGUAUUUGAUCGGCUAACGAACAUUAGUACAAAUUCAAUUCAAACUGUGACUACUGUCUCUGCUUUGACCUCGCAACUAAGAGAGAGCUAAUAAGUUUUGUUGUUGCAGUCACAGAAAUCGCAUAUUCCUUGUAAUACCUGUAUCGAUUAAUUUAUGAAACCUUUCACAAUUAAAUAUAGCACAACCUAUUUGUACAUGGUAUUACAACAAGAAAAAAAAGAUGAGUAUCAUGCCAGAAUAGAGAUUCUGCAAUGUAUAACUGUAUUAUUUUAUGUAUUAUCUAUAAAAGUAAGAACAUUGUGAAUAUUGUUAUAAACGGAAAAGUACAUCUUGUUAUAGAAAAACAUAUAUAUAAAACAUGCAAUUGAACAAAAUGAUGCUUGAACCGCCUUCAUUCAAUAAGUCUUCAUGUUACGCGUGUUACGAGGCAACUAGUAAAAUAAGUACUCUCCACGUAUUUGA